AGACCUAACUAACAAACAAAUAUUCCCAAAGCAAAAAUGGCUAGAAGAGGGAGAAUCCUCUUAUAUCUCCAUCUCUUCCCACUAUUCUCCCUGGUCCAAUCCCUCUCCGACACGUCGCCAACCUUCUUAGUCACCAACUUCGGAGCCACCGGCGACGGCCGCCACUACGACACCGCCGCAAUCCAAUCCGCCAUCGACGCGUGUCCCGCUCGGACCGCCUGCCUCGUGUCGUUUCCUCCGGGGACGUUCCUGACGGCGACGAUCCACCUCAAGUCCGGCAUAGUUCUGGACGUCCGGGAGGGCGCGACGAUCCUUGGCGGCGCGAGGAUCGAGGACUACCCGGGGGAGCGGUCGCGGUGGUACGUGGUGCUGGCGGAGAACGCCAGCGACGUCGGGAUCACCGGAGGCGGCGCCGUCGACGGCCAGGGAUUGGCCUUCGUUGAGAGGUUUGAUGAGCGGAAGAACGUCAUGGUCAGCUGGAACCGCACCGGCGCUUGCUCCGGCGACGAGUGUCGUCCUAGGUUGGUUGGAUUCGUCGGUUGCAGGAACGUCAGGGUUUGGAACGUUACCUUCACCAAGCCCGCUUAUUGGUGCUUGCAUAUAUUGGGAUGUGAAAACACAACCAUUCAUGAUGUUUCAAUCUACGGAGAUUUUAACACACCGAAUACUGAUGGGAUAGAUAUUGAGGAUUCAAAUAAUACACAAAUCACAAGAUGCCACAUCGAUACAGGAGACGAUGCAAUCUGUCCGAAGACAUAUUCUGGCCCUCUUAUAAAUUUAACCACCACCGACUCUUGGAUUAGAACAAAGUCUUCAGCAAUCAAACUUGGUAGUGCCAGUUUGUUUGAUUUCAAAGGCCUUGUGUUUGACAAUAUUACCAUUGUAGAUUCUCACAGAGGACUGGGAUUUCAGAUUCGUGAUGGAGGAAAUGUUAGUGAUGUAACAUUUUCAAAAAUCAACAUCAGCACAAGAUACUAUGAUCCAUCAUGGUGGGGGAGAGCAGAGCCUAUUUAUGUGACUACUUGCCCACGGAACUCAAGUUCUAAGGAGGGUUCUAUCUCAAACGUACUCUUUGUUAACAUCACUGUAAAUUCCGAAAAUGGCAUCUUCUUAUCAGGCUCGAAAGGCGGAGUACUUAGAAACUUGAGAUUCAUCAACGUGAAUCUCACUUACAGACGAUGGACAAAGUAUGCUGGUGGCGUGGUUGACUAUCGACCGGGGUGCCAGGGACUAGUUAAUCGCAGCUCGGCUGGAUUCUUGAUGGAACACAUCGAUGGAUUGGAGGUCAAAAAUGUAAACAUGAGAUGGAAUGAUGAUCGAUCGAAGCGGUGGAACAUUCCUUUGGAUUUCAGGUCUGCAACUGUAAAUAACAUAUCUCUGCUUAAUUUCCAUUCGGGUUUGUUCAAACAAUGGCAAACAGGGAAAUGAGCAAGAGCCAUUGGAUGAUGCCAUUAUUUUGAUUGUUUUUGUUAUGGACGUAUUUGAGCAGGGUUCCAAUAUUUUCCACGAAACCUGCUGUCUUAGAAUCCGUAAGUGUACCUUUAAGAUAAUAAUACAAUUCAUUUUGGAAUAAAGAUCGCAUUUCCCUUC